AUGUCCUCCUUCACUUUCUACGAUGCAACCAUCGUCCCGGCCCUGAGCGCCUUCAAAACAAUGGACCACAUCCUUCAUGAAGCCGAGAAACACCCCGACGCCGCAACUUUCCCGACCGCUCGCCUGGCCGAAGACAUGUACCCCUUGACGUACCAAAUCCACAUCUCCUCAAAACUGACGGAGCAAAUGGUCGCAAGACUGACAGGCCGCGAAGCAGCCAACUUCGAGGACAACUUGUCCUCCUACGAAGAAAUGCAUGAGCGCAUUGCGACCAUCCUGAAGAUUCUCGACGCGGAAGACAAGGGAAUUGUUAACAGGGUCGCUGAAAAGGUUGAGGCGACGACUAUUGGUCCGCUGAACACCGAGAUGUCUAAUUGGGGAUAUUCGGCUGCUUUCAUUAUUCCGAAUAUUUUCUUCCAUCUUACUAUUGCGUAUGCUAUUUUGAGGGGAAAGGGCGUGCCGCUGGGUAAGAAGGAUUAUCUUAAGGAGUUUUUGACGCCUCAUUUGCCUGAAAGUGCUGGUCGACCUUGGCAGAAGAAGGCUUGA